GAAUCGCUCGAUCAUGAGUCAAGCUCAACACCGUUAUACUUUCGCCGUGACGACGAUGUAGCCUCUGAUACUUCGGUAACGCGAAAAACACACUCGUGACGGGAAUAUCGCCGAGGAAUUAUCGUGCACGGUCUUUGUGUGGGUUCGACGGUCGCCAUCUCGGCCGACGCGCAUCUCGGGACACUCGCUUGAAUACGUUGUUUAAGAUAUUGUUAAUAUGGCAGACGCUCGUGUCUCUAGUGUUGUUUAAGUUCGUGAAACUGACUGACCGAGUGACAAAACAGUGGGUCCUGUGUACCGAAGGGCACGCACUGUGAUGUGUAUGAGAUCCUGAUCGCCUCGUGUCGCCGUGUACACGUGCGAAUCUCACGACGACGCGCGUUCCAGACAGAGAGGAGGACUCGAUUUCUCGCAGCCAGGACGGAAUCGCCGAUCGUGCAAAGACCUCCUCACGAAAAACGGAGAUCGUCGUCGCGAAGAGAGUUCCUCGACGAGAGUUAACGCAUCAACGAACGUUCUCUCGCGUGUGUGUGCUUUUUCUUUUUUUCUUUCUUUUUUUUGGGUUUAAACAUCCGUCCACUUUGUUUAUCGCGGGCACGAUGAUGGGAUUCGACAUCGUCGCGUCGUCGUGAUACGCAGCUGGUGCGCACGUCGCAGGUUUCUGUCUCUGUACCACGUCUUGAUGUAACUGCUACUGAGAGGCUACGAUUAAGAGGUCACAAGUUAUUUGUCAUGGGUUGUCAGCGAUCACAUGAGAUCAAAGAGUUUGUGAGUGUCGUACUGGAAGAGAAGUAAAUGUGCUGAUUUGCUGCUGAAUAAAAAGUAUAUCCAGUGUGAGCCUCCUCUGGGCAGGCAGUUUUACAUUAGUGGUGCCAUCGGGCUAUGGCCAACCUGAACUUUGAACAGCCGCCACGCAGUAUUGCGAACGCCAGUCUUUCUUCACGCACAAGCAGUGGGGGGGGUUUGAACACGUCGGCCCUUGCGGGUCAUGUCACGCCCACUUCGGGCAUGUUCUCAGGCUCGUCUGCAAGCACUUCGAGUACGGCAAACUCGGCGGUAGUCGUUACUAACGUUUAUCCCUGUGCGUCCAGCUCCGGAAGUGGGCAGAAUAGUCAUCAGUCGCAGCAACAGCAACUCUCUCCUAUGGGCAGUAGAGGACUGUUUGGGCAGAGAGCUUUUACCGACAGACGUACUAUGCCAGCUCUUGGUGAAAUAUCCAGAUUUGAACUUAGAGCUUCAAAUCCAAUGGGUAAUAUGGGCAGUUUUGGAAUACCUCCAAGUCGUAAUUACGGAUCUCAAGGUGCGGUCAACAAUUUCCACUCUGUUUUUGGGAGUGGAGGCGGCGGAGACACGAGUACUCCACCUCUAUUAGAUCUCUCGGAGUUUCCUUCCUUAACAAAUAGAGGUCAAGGUGAUUCUAUGCCACAACCUAGUCCCAUGCCAGGGAAACAACCAUACGUUGGAAUGGUGAAACAACCGACAUCAGAGCCGAGCGAAUUUACUAUGAGUUCGGAAGACUUUCCUGCGUUACCGGGCACGCAGAAUAGAGAAGGUCCGUCACCCGGUGGUAGCGUAUCUGGUGAUAAGAAUAUACCUGUAGGACUGGGUCCGGAGAUCGGGCAGGACGUAUUACAGGCGAACAGAGCAUCUGGGUCGGAAAAGUCUCUAUCUUCUAAGAGAGGCAUUCAAACAUUGCCUGAGGACACGCUCAAUUUAUCACAUGCAGGCAAGGUGACGAACAUACCUGCAAGUAUGGUGAAGGAUCAAUUCGGCAUGGUCGGGCUUUUAACGUUUAUCAGAGCAGCGGAGACAGACCCGAACUUGGUGACACUGGCGUUAGGCCAAGAUCUUACUGCGUUAGGAUUGAAUAUGAAUGCGCCGGAAACUCUCUAUCAAAAUUUCGGUGGUCCUUGGGCGGAUACACCCUGUCGACCACAGGAUAUUGACUUUCACGUACCACCGGAGUAUCUUAUAAAUGCCGCAAUCAGAGAUAAGCUAGCGCCAGUUAAACUAAAUCGAUAUAAAGACGAUCUACUGUUUUAUAUGUUUUAUACAAAUGUUGGGGAUGUAUUGCAAUUAGCGGCAGCGGCGGAAUUGUAUAGCAGAGAAUGGCGAUAUCAUAUGGAAGAAAAAGUUUGGAUAACGCAGGCACCAGGUAUGGGGAUUGUAGAAAAGACGUCGACAUACGAACGUGGUACUUAUUAUUACUUCGAUGCGCAAAACUGGAGAAAGGUAGCUAAGGAAUUCUAUUUGGAUUACACGAAACUAGAAAGUAGACCUCAUCUUCCCACGAACUUACACCAAACUCAGCCUUGACUACAGUUAGAAUUAGUUUUCAAAUGUGUACCUAUAGUUGACCAUUAUGCCACAACUAUUAGCUACUCCGCGUGGUGAAGGGUCAGCCAACCAGUUUAUUCUCCACAUCACAGCUCCAUUACGUAAAUGAAAGUUUGCUACAAGAAAGU